AUUCUCCUUCCAAGCUGACUCAUCCAUCCAUCCAUCCAUCCAUCCAUCCAUCAUCACAACCUUUAACAGUUUCAAGAACAAACAAACAAACACUAUUCAUUUCUCCAACAAUAUAUCAUCAAUUCAUCAUGAUCCAAUAAUUAACCAACCAAAUCAAAUCAAUUCAACACCAUGAUUCCAUCGUUUGUUAGCUUCGCCGGUUUAUACAACGGCUAUCUCCGGCGUUGUUUCACCGGAGCAGGCCUCUUCUCACAAAAAAUCGAAAUAGACGACGAAACAACUCUCCAUGUUUGGGGACCAAGAAAUCAAUCAUCACAAAAACCAUCACUGGUUCUAAUCCAUGGAUUCGGUCCAAUGGCUAUGUGGCAAUGGCGUCACCAAGUUCAAUUCCUCGCUCCACAUUUCAAUCUAUACGUUCCCGAUCUAAUCUUCUUCGGCGAAUCAACAACGAAAUCGAAGGAACGAACCGAGAUAUUUCAAGCAGAGUCUGUUGGAAAAUUGUUGGAGAAGAUUGGUGUGAAAAAGUACCACGUGGCGGGGACGAGUUAUGGUGGUAUUGUUGCGUAUAAUUUAGCGAAAAUGUUGGGAGAAGAGAAAAUAGAGAAAGUUGUUAUUGCUAGUUCUGGUGUGAAUAUGACAAAGAAUCAUAACGUGGAAUUGUUGAAAAAAGUUGGAUUGGAUAAAAUUGAGGAUCUUAUGUUGCCUUCUACUACUCAACAUUUGAGGAAAUUGAUGUCACUUGCUGUCGCUAAAAGAAUCCCUUAUGUGCCUAAUUUUUUCUUGAAGGACUUCUUAAAUAGAUUAUACUCAGAUAAUAGGAAGGAAAAGAUGGAGCUCCUAGGUGGUUUGUCCCUCGGAAAGGUCGAGACUUCAAACAUUUCACCUCUUCAACAGGAAGUUCUCAUACUCUGGGGGGAAGAGGACCAUGUAUUUCCAGUGCAGAUGGCCCAUGAAUUGAAAGAGAUAAUCAGUAAGAAUGCAAAGAUAGAACUGAUAAAGGAGGCAUCCCAUGUGCCUCAAAUUGAAAAGCCUGAGGAAUUCAACAAAAUUAUCCUAAAGUUCUUGCGCCCGAGCUCUUGAAUAAUUUUUUUCCGAGUCAUUCUCAAUGUUAUGUUUGGUAUAAAUUAUUACUAUAUUUACCAACACAGUGUGACACAAGUGGUAGAUACUUGGGUCCCUUAACCACUUGAUCCUGGGUUCGAUUCCCGGCCUGUACGUAUGGAGAAACAUUUGUUGGGAGAGGUCAACCCAUUAAAUGAAUCUCAGUUACCUUGAGGGGAUUAGUCUCUGAAUUUGCGUGCGGAAGAUACCUUUAGUUUACCGCAAAAAAUAAAAAUUAUUACUAUAUUUUUGUGAAAUUACUAUUAUUAUUCAUUCAAUUCGAUAAUAAUUAGCCAUAGAAGUUAAUAUAA